CACAGCGGUAGUGUUAGCCGUUGUUAGCCGUUGUUAGCAGCCAUGGCGGCCGCACGCAGCUUACGGGUGUCGGUGAAAUCAGACAGCGGCUCCGACCGCUCCGACUCGGAUUCGGACUCCGAAUCGGACAGGGAUACCCGCGAAGCCGAGCCGAUGGAGGUGGAGGAGGGAGAGCUGGAUGCGGAGGACGUGUCCGUGAAUCGGUCCCUGAAGGAGCUUCUGCCGGUAAGUGGCCGGAGGAGGCCUCGUCAGACCGGGGGCUGGAGUCUCCUGUGACCGGCGGAACCGCGGGGAGACCCGGCGUGCGGUCGAUGAGACUCGCGGUCCUAUUUGGGAGCUGGUUGUUUGCUCCGCGGCUGUUGGUUGUUAACGGUGAAUAACGGUUAACCGACUAAAUCAUUAAAUCGAGUGAAAUUCUGUCAUCUUUGUUUAACAACCCGGAGCCUGUUUGUUUUCCACUCACUUGUUGCUGCAGACUGUAAAUGAACUCCACCUGUUUACAACCAAAUUAAUGCAACCAGAAAAAACUGGAAAUACUCCUUUAGUCGACGGUAAUAUACCGAGGACUGGGACUGUGGGUGAAAGGAGGAAAACACUGUGGAGAUAACUAAUAAAUAAUCUGAGUAAUUACAAGGAGAGGGGCCUCAAAACAGACCUUACAGUGAGUGAAUAUGAAAGUUUGAACCUUAAAACAGGCUCUGAAAUCCCCUUACAGCUUCUGAAGGAGACCAUCUGGAUAGAGAAGCUGAAGGGUCCCUCCAAACAAACCCAGCUGUGUUCACAAAAGAGGAAUAAACCCUAAAAUACAGAGCUGGAUUAGGGCUGGGCGAAAAGGGAAUAAGGUUAUCACAAUAUUUUUGUUAUAUCAGUUUAUAUCGAUAUGUAUUACGAUCUAAAACAAUUUAAUUGUCAAUCUUAAACGUUCCAGUGCCAGUGUUGUCAACGAUGUUGUGAUAUGUUGAGUCUUCAGGUUCUUACACACCGGGAACUAUGGAAAUAUACAACGCGAAAUUACGAAAGACAUGCUACCAAUAAGCACUCUUAAAUUUCAUGUUUUAUAUCGGGACGUAUAUCGAUAUUGACUGACAUGAAAAAAAUAUAUAGUGAUAAACUUUAUCUCAUAUCGCCCAGCCCUAGUCUCAGCAUUCUUCAUUCGUUUGUGUUAUUUUGACAUCCAGAAAGAGUGCUGAGAGAUUUUUCUGAUUUGCAGGAUACAAGCCGGCGGUAUGAGAACAAAGCUGGAGCGUUCAUCACUGGGAUUGAUGUCAACUCAAAGGUUGGACACACACACACACACACACACACACACACACACACUCCCUAAAAGAGCAGGACAACACCUGGACAUAAGUAUAUGACAUCACAGCUAUUAGAGAGCCAAUCAGACUGAAGCGUUUAUCCACUGCAGUGUGAUGUUGAAGCUUCCUUGUGAAGUGGAGUCACAUGUACAUCUACUAAAAGGGACCAUGCAUCUAUUCUUCACUUGUGUGUGUGUGUUUGUGUCAAAUGUGUGUUUGUGCUAAAUGUGUGUGUUUAGGAAGCGAUUGAAAAGAAGGAGAAGCGAGCGAGGCGAUUUCAUUUCUGUGCAGAGGAGAGCGUCGCUCAGAGGAACGUCUUUCUGGACAAAGACAUGAUGAAGAAAGGUGACCCCCUCCGCCCUCCUCCCCCACCUGAACCAGUUCACGUGUGUGUUUACGUUUAAGUGUCGUACCUGAAUGUCCUCUCUCCUUCUUCUUCUGUGGUGUUUAGCGAUCCCCAAACUGCGCAUGGAGGCAAUCCAUGUGACGGGCGUGGACGAGAUGAGCACACAGGACGUGUUCGGAUACUUUAAGGAGUAUCCUCCAGCUCACAUCGAGUGGAUCGACGACACAUCCUGUAAGACACACACACACACACACACACACACACACACACACACACACACACACACACACACACACUAAACCAGACAUCAGAUCACUACAGAGCAGCUAAAUGUCACCUUCUGUCUGUUUCUCAGGUAAUGUGGUGUGGCUUGAUGACAACACCUGUAUCAGAGCCCUCUUCAACAGCAGCCGGAUGCCUGACCCAGAGACGGUUACCACGGCAACAGAGGGUGAUGACCAGUCAGGAAAGGAAAGCAAAGGUUUGGGUGUGUUUAGAGAAACAUCUGCCAGAGUCAGAGAGGGAAGUAAAGAGCGAGUGUCAAAGUAAUUUUUUUUUUAUUUUCACCUGUCAGGCCACCGGGGUCAAAGGUCAGACGAUGAAGAUGACGAAGAGGAGGAGGGCGAGGUGGAUGAGGAUGAGGAGACGGUGAAGAAAAGCAGCGAGGUGAAGGACGGCGAGGUAGAGGAGGAACAGGACAGGAAGGUGGAGUCUGGACAGGUGACUAAUGAUUGGUUUAAUUAUCACCUAAAAAAAAUGGAUCGAUCACAUGAUCAACUCCAGUCGUCUGAUUGGUCACAUGAUCGGUGUGUUGUCUCUCUCAGGUGGACGACCUGUCGGGGGCAGAAAGACAGUCACUGUUAAGGAACGAGCUGCGACCCGUCACCAGACCGUUUAAAGGAAAUAAACUGUUCCUGCGCUUCGCCACACAUGGUGAUGCUGACACACACACACACACACACACACACACACACACACACACACACACAUAAUCUAGACCCAUGAUUAAAGUCGAGUCUUUAAUUGUGGGUCUAGAUCUAAUGUUGCGUUUCGAGUUACCUCAGAAGUCAGAUGUCGGAGCUGAAAAAGACGUCACACCCGAGUUCCCAGCAUUUCAGUUACCAAGUCGGAAAAAAGCAAAAUCGGUGGCCUGAAACAAGAUGGCUACAUCUACAAAAGUUAUUUUAGCACUUGCUAAAUAUAUAUUCGGACAAGGCAAGCACUAAAAUAACUUUCGUAGACGUAGCCAUCUUGGUAACUCGAACGCAACAUUAGUCUAAAAACUGUCCUGGUUCUUGUUUGUCAUCUGAGUAUUGACCAAUCAGGAGUUAGCAGGCUUUAGAGUCUGCAGGAAAAUCAGUCUGUAUGGAGAGCCGAAGCAGGAGGAGCACAGUCCUCCAUAAAGACAAAUCAGGACCUCUGACUUUGGACUAAUCAUGAUGUUAUUUCAGCGAACUGAAGACCUGUUACUGAGGAGAACAUCAGUUUCUGCUUCUGAGGGACUAUUUACAGAGAAACUGAGACUCUCUGCAGACAGACAGAAAAUAAGCCAAAGGGAAGCCUUUGUGUAAAGUACCAUUGAUGGUGAAACUGAGACUUUCCAGAGGUUGAUAAACAUCAGUGUGAAGGAGGAGAUGUUUUUAUUUUACAGCCAAAAAAACUGAGACUUUAACACGAUCAGAAGACGAACAGUAAACCAGAGUGAAACUCAGACUCACUACUGAGAACAAAAGAGUCUGUGUCUCCUACCUUUAACAAUGAAACUGAUGACACAAACAUUAACUCUGCUCCUGUUUAGACAAAUGAAUCAAUAAAGUUUUAUUCAAAUGCGGGUCUCCUCCUCUGGGUCUCCUCCUGUAUGUUCAGAUGAUAAGAAGGAGCUGGGAGCAGCACGGCGCAGCAGAUACUACAUGAAGUAUGGAAACCCCAACUACGGAGGCAUGAAGGGGAUCCUCAGCAACUCCUGGUGAGACUCGCACACUGUUACCCACACACACAUGCACACACACACACACAAACACCUGAACAUUUCCUGACGUUUCCUCUGUGCGUUCAGGAAGAGGAGGUACCACAACCGUCGUAUCCAGAGAGACGUCAUCAAGAGCAAGAAGCCUCUGAUCGGAGACAGCAUGGGACACACACCACCCUACACACACCGACACUCAGGUAAGCACACACACACACCUACACACAUCGGAGGACACACACCAGAUUCAUCAUUUUACAUCUAAAAUAUUCAGAGAUGGGACAGAAACAUAUGAGAUGAUUUUGUUCAGAAACUUUCACUUUGAUUGCUUCGUUCAAAAGUUUAAAAAAUUAUAUGUAUAUAAAUAAAUAUUCAGAUACACGUUUUGAUUUGUCUGUCUGUCUCUUCGUUCCUCAGCCGAUCUGGUUAAUCUGCCAGAGGAGCCAAUCAAAGAGGAGGAAGAAGAGGAAGAGGAGGAGCAGGAUGAAGACGGAGAGGAGGACAUGGACUCAGACGACAGGGUGGUGGAGUACAAAGAGCGAGCGGAGCGCGACAGAGGAGAGAGAGGCGGGUCGCGGCCGCUCGGGGAGGGGCUUUCUAGCCGGGCAGACCGCUCCCCGUCUCCGUGGUCGGAGUCGGACGAGAUGGACUACGACCUGGAACUGAAGAUGAUCUCCACGCCGUCACCGAAGAAGAGCAAGAAGAUGACGAUGUACGCCGACGAGCUGGAGACGCACCUGAAGAGCAUCAGGUCAGAGGAGUUCAGAUUGUAUUCUGUGCACAACUUCAAAACAAAAGCAUGAGGGGGAACCUUUUAAAUAUUUAAUCUUUUACUUUGAAAUGCAUCCUGUAUACUUUUGAUACAGAGUUAACACAACCCUCAGCUGAUCCAGGUCAGCUGUGGAAACACAAAGAAGAUCAGGGUCCAGUGUAGACCCAGACCACAGUCCUGCUGAAGGACUUUCUUUGCCUCUUGGUCCUGAGUUUGAUUUUCUGUUUUGUGCCUUUUUGUGUUUUUUAGGAACAGGAUCGGGGGGUCUGGAUCACAGAGCGCACCCAAAUCUCCCUCGCCCACCAAGGUGACAGACGUGCGUCAGCUGCUGGAGGAGAAGAGACAGGGCCUCUCUCACCACAGACAGCCCCCUCCUGUGGCGCCCAGUGGAAAGAUAGGUCAGCUGUGAGUCCAGGUAUAACGGUCGUCUUAUAACUACAAUAUAACCACUAUUAUCUUCCCGUCUCUGCAGAUGUUCGGCAGCGGUUGGGUAAAAGGCGCUACUCCCCUGACAGACGGCGCUCCCCCUCCCCAGUCUCCAACAGGGAUGCGCCCCCCUCCAGAGAGCCAAUCAGAGACGUGCACCGCAGGCUGGGCGUGGUCAGCCAAGACAGCAAAGACAGAAAGACAGGUACAGAAGAAACUUCUUUCGUCAUUUCCCUUCAAUUAUCUUAACUCACGAGUGUUUCUGUCAUCUCACAAAUUAUUAAAAUAUGAAGCAGGAUGAUACGAUAAAGCUGAACUGUCAGCUGAUAGGGGUUGAUGUUUGGAUCAGCUGAUGCACUUGUGGACUGAGCUUGAAUUUGUGGCCUGCCUGAACUAGCAGUAUGCUUAAAGGGAUAUUCUGGCCUAAAAUUAAUUCAGGGUCAAACACACCGUAACACCGAGUUAGACACCCCCUCGAGAGAUGAAUGUUGUUGAUCACUUGCUUCUGUAGUUAUACCAACUUUAGUAACGACCGCAGGAUAGUAAUACACAGCGGUCUGAGGAGCCAUAAACAAACCUCAACCAAAACGCCACUCUAUAGCCACAAAUAAUGCUCAGAACAGCCCCUAACUUCAUCAACAGUACAUAUAGGGUCCCAGCCACAGUAUUAGCCACCAAACAUCUUUUUAGCUUUGCCUAAUUUCUUUAGCAAAGAGACUAAACACAACUCACCUACUCUCUUCCAGCAGCCGCUUGUUUGUAGUGGGGGGUGUCUAACUCGGUGUUACGGUGUGUUUGACCCUAAAUUAAUUUUACACCAGAAUAUCCCUUUUAAGUGCCGAUGUAUUUGAGGAAGAUUGACUAAUUUGAUGUUUUUGAACUCCGUCAUUUCCUGCAGGCGGACUCUGGAGCAGACUGGGAUCAGCUGAUGACGACAGCAGCUCCGGACGUCAGGACCGCAGAACAACCAGCUGCACAUCAGGUCUCUUCUCCCCCUCCUCCUCUUCCUCCUCUUCUUCAGGACGGAAAAGCACCAGCGAUAAUGCCGGCGGCGGCGGCAGCAGCAGCAGCAGGAGGCUGGGCAACGGAGAGGAGGAGGAGGAAGAGGAGGCUGAGGAAGAGGACGACUCCACGCUGCAGAAGAUGUGGGGCGCCAUGAUCAAACAGAAACAGGAGCGGCAGACGCACAAGCUGAAGAAGAGCCGGCUGGACAACCUGCCGUCGCUGCAGAUCGAGAUCAGCCGAGACAGCAGCGACGACUCGGACGCCUGAAAGGAGGAAGAGUUUGUUUCCGUUGAACUGAGUCCCUCUGUUCUUAACGUACAAAAAUCAAAAAAGAGGUGAAGCUGUGAGAGUGGACUGCAAACCUGAGGUCAGCGUGGGAGUUUCUGGUUCAUGUUUUAUUUUGUGUAUCUGUGGAUGAGUCAGUGGAGGGGUCUACCGGGCUCAGACACAGGGCCUAUGAUGAACUUGCAUAACCUUUCUGUCGUCAGUUUAAACAUAGAUCGUGAAUGAAAAAGUGGGCGCAGUGGCGAUUUCGGUCGAAUACAAAGAGGCUUUAUACCAAGUGUCCUCUCUGAAAAAUGGACUCAGACUUUCUCAGACCGCUAUGAUAGUAUUCGGUCUGAAUCCUGGCCUCUCUCUGCGACUCUCAAAGGGACCAUCAUUUCCGAAUGAACACCACGCUGUGUUGAAGAAGACUGAACUAGAGAUUAAGACCAGAAACUCACUAGGGAAACGUAAAUGAGGGAAAAAAUCAGCAGAGAAGUAGGAGUGUGUUUGAGUCAGAUUUGUCGCCUCCUGCUGGAGAUGAGAAAUAACAGGCUUCAGACACUUUGAUACUGGCUUCACCUGAAAACACCCGGGCUGUGUCUACUUCUCAUGUGCGGUCUGUGGAUGAGAUUAAAGAUGUCCUUUUGUUUCUGUUCAGUAAGAAUCUGUAACCAACUCAUAACCUGCAGUCAUGUGUUUUUAUAUGAACUCAAAGAAGGGGGUUUUCUGCUUAUUUUCACUCUUUAUGUCGACUCAAGCCAGGAUGGCAACACCAUGUUCGCUGGAGGUGAACACAAAUCGCCACCACGAGGUAGAAGGCGACAUAAAAAUCCUGAAACGUGGACUUUCCCCGUUGUUGGUGCCAGAAUAGAAGUAGUGAUAGUAAUAUCUGAAAACUACAGUAUACCAGCUGCCACUGCCAAAGACGACUUUGGCUAAAGCGGGAUAAGACAGAAGGACUGGAGCGAGGUGAUCAGCAGAAACACUUCAUAUGUUCAUGUUUUUGUGUUUGAAUGGAUGGAUGAAACAAUGGCUGAUCAGGGUCAUUAACUGGGGAACAAGUUACUUAGCAACAUAAACCGUUUUAUGACACAAGCCAAUGAGAGUCAGAGAUACAAAGGAAACUGUUAUUGGUCCUCCUCCUGUGGGAUUGUCAUGACAACCAACCACAGAUGUAAAAGGAGCUACGAACCCAUUUAACAUUGCAGCUCAGUUAAAUCACCCAUCCACUGGCUGUUGCCCUGUUUGUUGGUGUAAACUCAUCAGAAGAACUCCAUAUCCAGACAGACCUGCAUAAAACAAGACAAAAACCAACAAAUGCUGGUGAACGUGUCUCGAGUAGUUUUGCCUCCAGCUAAGCCAUGCCCACCAAACAUGUCACAGUUCACUAUCACUAAAAGGGUCUAUUGUCCUUCUGACAGCUUUGUUAAUAGUUUGACAUGAUCUGAAGUUAAAACAAUAAUGUACUUGCAGCAUCUCAGAUCUGUGGUUUAUAUAAAAAAAAAAACAGUUUCAGUCUCAGUGAGGCUUCUUCUCACCAACCGUCUAUUCUUAAUAUUUUGGUUUAGCUGCAGCUGAGAGACCAAAAGCAGCUCCUGAGACCUUUGCUCUCCUUUAAAUAAAAAAACAGACAAUCAGAAUAAGAAACAAAGAGAUACAGACGGUAAUAAAGAGAACAAGUUGAAGAAAUAAGGAUCGAACAUUAUUAGUGUACUUAAGUGACAAUCCCAGUUAGUGACAGCAGAGGGUGCUCUCUACCUCUUCUACGGUUCCUUUGUAACUAAAAAAACUGCGUUAUCGACGUCUGUGUAGGUUCUCAUUCAUCCCAGACAUGGUUAUCCAAUUCUUUGUUGAAAGAGUGACUGGACUCGUUUGAAGUUCUUAAAGAAGUUUCACCUAAGGCGAACCUCAAGCAAAUCCCUUCCCUUUCAACAAGGAAUUUAAUGCUAACGUUAUAUUUUAUCUGCGUCACCAGGCGUAUGAGAGAAACAUCUUUUAGAGAAGAGAUUGCAUCAUAAAACGAUUGUUCGUGAUGCUUUUAUUUUGACACCUGAGUUUAGGUUGCUCUGUUUCCUGCAUUGUAAACUUAUGCCUUUAUUUUGAAGGUAUUUGUAGCUCUCUUUGACAGAUUAUAAGUGGGUAGUAACCUGCUCAACAAUUUCUAAACAUGCUUAUUUUUGGAACAAUAUUUUUUCUAAGUCAGUUCCUGUACAUUAGGAAAGUGUUAGUUGUGUUCUUCCAAAAUAAAAGCCCAUUUGUAAGUAAGUGUAAGGCAGUAAAAAGGAAAAAUGAAAUCAUCACUGGUUAAAGCUAAAUAAAGCGAUCUCUUCUCUAAAGCUUGAACACAAUCUGGAUUAUUCACACCCUGAACAUUUCCAAAUGUUUUAUGUGGAGGGCUGUGGCUCAGACAUCAUCACACGGUUUGUAGAAAAAUAAGAAGUGUUUGUUUUUGGGUCAUAAAAAUAGGAACAGAACGAGUUUAACCAGCUAGUAAUUACCUGUUUGCUUCACAUGAAUCCAUCUGUAAAUGUCUCCAUGUAUGAAGUAUCUGUGUUGAAGUUCAAUGGACAAAAAAACUCUUGUAAUUGAUCACCAAACUGUCCUGAUAGCCAAUCAGAUUCUCCUCUUUGCCAUGACAUCAUUCCUACAGUAACUCCUACAUUCAGUCUGGUCCUACUGAGAGAAACUGACCUGUCCUCUAAGACCUGAACCUUGCUAGUUCUGUCAACUUGUUGCUGGGACCUGAACCAAACUCCAUUCCAAAAACAAGAGAUUUUAGUUUUGAUCAGCCUGGUUCAGUGUGAGCAGAGCAGGAGGCUGUUACAAGAUGAUGGAUAAGAGACUCGAAUCAGAGAGAUGAAAACGGCUCUGAUUCCACCUUCUUUUGUUUCUUUUUCUGUCUCUAUGAGAGCGGAAAGAACCGAUGAAGACUCAUCAGUCUGUGCCCGUAAAUAUCUGAUACAAACAACGUUUUUUCAAUCUCAGAAACUCCUGAUGUUUGUUUGUUUGUGUUAAGAUUUAUGUUUUUUAAUUUUUUUUCAAUGAAACUUCCGAGGCCACAGUGAGUUCAUGCUGUGUGAUGUUCUCCAACAGGUGACGUCAAAGCAGCUCAUGAGUUUAGAGGAUUAUUAAAAUGUGAGCGUAUGCUUAAUUUUA